AUGGGCACAGCAACGUUUUGGUGGAGAGCGAGGAGUAUAAGUGUAGGAGUAGGAAGUGAUUGGAGGUUGUACGAAGCCAGAAUCCAGAAAAGGGGCAUUGUCGUGUCAACGAGAAGAAGGUCUUCGUCGCUACCAACACUAAUCGUUUCUUCAAUGCCUUACGAGAAGGAACUCGCCGCUGCAAAGAAAGCAGCCACUCUCGCCGCUCGUCUCUGCCAGAAAGUACAGAAGGCUCUUCUGCAAUCCGAUGUUCACUCAAAGUCAGACAAAAGUCCCGUUACAGUGGCUGAUUAUGGUUCACAGGCAUUGAUCAGCUUUAUACUUGAGAGAGAACUUCCCUCUGAACCAUUUUCAAUAGUAGCUGAGGAGGAUUCAGGGGAUCUUCGUAAGGAAAGUGGGCAGGACACACUGAAGCGCAUUACAGAACUUGUCAAUGACACUCUUGCUAGUGAAGGAUCAAAUAGCUUUUCUAUUUUAACAACAGAUGAUGUGCUUACGGCCAUUGACAAUGGCAAGUCUGAAGGUGGCUCUGUUGGACUGCACUGGGUCUUGGAUCCGAUAGAUGGUACUAAAGGGUUUGUUAGAGGAGAUCAAUAUGCUAUAGCAUUAGGUUUGCUACAUGAAGGAAAGGUUGUAUUGGGUGUCUUGGCUUGUCCAAAUCUUCCACUAGCAUCUAUUGGCUCUAAUCAGCAGCAUUCUUCAAAUGAAGUUGGCUGUCUUUUCUUUGCUAAAGUUGGUGAUGGAACAUAUAUGCAAGCACUGGGUGGUUCUACACAAACUAGGGUGCAUGUCUGUGAUAUUGAUAAUCCAGAGGAAGCAUCAUUUUUUGAAUCUUUUGAAGCAGCGCACUCCUCACAUGACUUGUCUAGCUCCAUCGCUGAAAAACUUGGUGUCAAAGCACCACCAGUCAGAAUUGAUAGCCAAGCAAAAUAUGGAGCUUUGUCAAGAGGAGAUGGGGCUAUAUAUUUGCGUUUCCCUCACAAAGGAUAUCGUGAAAAAAUAUGGGACCAUGCUGCUGGAAGCAUUGUUGUGACUGAAGCUGGAGGCAUCGUCACGGAUGCUGCGGGGAAUCCUUUGGACUUUUCAAAAGGAAAGUUUCUUGAUGUUGUUUCUGGUAUUAUUGUUACAAACCAGAAAUUAAUGCCAUCGCUUCUGAGAGCAGUUAAAGAAGCACUAAAUGAGAAAGCAUCGUCCUUGUGA